AUGCAUCUACCGUCUCUUAUUCCCCUGACGGCCUUGGCCCUCGUCACUCCUUCCGUCGCCUACCCUCAGCAUCACGAUGAGCAGCCUCUCGUGAAGCCCGAGGACUCCUCGUCGCGUGCCGACACCAUCAAGGAGGCCUUCGUGCACGCUUGGGAGGGUUACCACAAAUAUGCCUUCCCCAACGAUGAGUUGCACCCCGUCUCCAACGGAUAUGGUAACUCCCGUAAUGGCUGGGGCGCGUCCGCCGUCGACGCUCUUUCCACCGCCGUCAUCAUGGGCAAUGCCACCAUCGUCGAACAGAUUAUCGACCACGUCGCCAGCCUCGACUAUUCCAAGACCGACAGCAUGGUCAGUCUCUUCGAGACCACCAUUCGGUACCUGGGUGGCAUGAUCUCCGGCUACGACCUGCUGAAGGGUCCUGCGGCGGGCCUGAUCGAGGACGAAAGCAAGGUGGAGACUCUCCUGACCCAGUCCAAGAAUCUGGCGGACAUCCUGAAAUUCGCCUUCGAUACCCCGUCCGGCGUUCCUUACAACCAGAUCAACAUCACCUCGCAUGAAAAUGAUCACGCCAAGACCAAUGGAUUGGCCGUGACCGGCACCUUGGUUCUGGAAUGGACGCGUCUGUCGGAUCUCACCGGCGAUUCCGAGUAUGCCAAACUCAGCCAGAAGGCCCAAUCGUACCUCCUGGAUCCUCAGCCCAAGGAAGCCGAGCCGUUCCCGGGAUUGGUCGGCAGUCACAUUGAUAUCAGGACCGGAAAAUUCUCCGACGCCCAAGUCAGCUGGAACGGUGGCGCCGACUCGUUCUACGAGUAUCUGAUUAAGAUGUAUGUGUACGACCCUAAGCGGUUCGGAAAGUAUAAGGAACGCUGGGUGGCCGCUGCCGAGUCCACCAUCAAGCAUCUCGCGUCACACCCGGAGCCCCGCCCUGACCUGACCUUAUUGGCGUCGUACAACAACGGAAACCUGGGUCUCAGCUCGCAGCACCUGACCUGCUUCGACGGAGGAAGCUUCUUGUUGGGCGGUACCGUGCUGAACCGUGACGACUUCAUCCAGUUCGGCCUGGACCUGGUCAACGGAUGUCACACUACCUACAACGAGACCCUCACCGGCAUCGGACCCGAGACCUUCAGCUGGAACCCGAACAACGUGCCGGAUAACCAGAAGGAGCUGUACGAGCGCGCGGGCUUCUACAUCACCAGCAGCGCUUACAUCUUGCGGCCGGAAGUUAUUGAAAGUUUCUACUACGCUUGGCGCGUGACGGGCGAGGAGAAGUACCGCGAAUGGGUGUGGAACGCCUUCGUGGCGAUCAACAAGUACUGUCGCACCGAAUCCGGCUUCGCUGGCCUGAAGAACGUCAACGCGGAGAACGGCGGUGGCAAAGAUGAUAACCAGGAGAGUUUCAUUUUCGCCGAGGUGCUGAAAUAUGUCUACCUGACUCACUCGGACGACGAGGCGUGGCAAGUCCAGAAGGGCGAGGGCAACAAGUUUGUCUACAACACCGAGGCACACCCGGUUCAGGUUGCAUAG